CAAGAAGAGCAGAUGGACCAUCGUUGGUGACGUCAAACUCUCGCGCCUCAAACGGAUAGAAUACAUCGUCAGGAAAGCAGCUGUUGUUUUAGUUUAAUUUUUCGUAGUUAAUAUCCAUAUUUUUCUCGAGUAUUUAAGUUUUUAAGUAUUUAUAUAUUGUAGGUUGAAGAUGCCUAAAGUGAAGCGCAGCAGGAAGCCUCCUCCAGACGGCUGGGAGCUCAUCGAGCCGACGUUAGACGAGCUGGAUCAGAAAAUGAGAGAAGCUGAGACAGAGCCUCAUGAAGGAAAGAGGAAGGUUGAGUCUCUCUGGCCGAUUUUCAGACUUCAUCAUCAGAGGAGUCGAUACAUUUUUGAUCUGUUCUACAAGAGAAAAGCCAUCAGCAGAGAGCUGUAUGAGUACUGUAUAAAGGAGGGAUAUGCAGAUAAAAACCUGAUAGCAAAGUGGAAGAAGCAGGGCUACGAGAACCUCUGCUGCCUGCGCUGUAUUCAAACACGAGACACAAACUUUGGAACGAACUGCAUCUGCAGAGUCCCCAAGAGCAAGCUGGAAGUCGGUCGGAUCAUUGAAUGCACUCACUGCGGCUGCAGAGGAUGCUCUGGUUAACUCCUGCUCAGCUCUACCUUUCACAUCCGUCUUCUCUAAAAACAUCCCAGCUGCUCUGUCUUACUUCAGUCAUCACAGACAAACAAGCUGAAAAGAAAACAGAUUGAUCUUGAUCCUCCUCAUCGUCAGCUGAUCUUCCCCGGAGCUUGGACAGUAGUUAACGUUAACCACAGCAAGAUUUACAGAGAGGGGCCAUUUUUUUUAUUUCUUAUCAUUGUUUAAAUUUUGUUUUCUAUUGUGUUAAUGUAGACUAGCCUCUGAUCAGCAGGCCUUUAUUAAACUUGCCUCAUUUUAAAUUCUGAUGUCUUCAUAUUCAAAGGGCUGUGAGAAACGUGACUUCUGUUUAACAUUUGAGCUUGUUCAUUGUUUUUCUUGUAGUUUGAUUUUGAAUAAAACAUUUGUGAUCUA